AUGUCAGGAGAGUUAGGAGAGGUAGAAAUUAAACUAAACGAACUAGUGGAAGAGGUCUUUAAAACCUAUCCAAAUUAGACUGAUGAGAAUGGAGACAUCCUUCUUACUAAAGAAGACAUCAAAGACUUUAUCAGAUAGACCAUGGAAAAAGCCAAUGAGGGUGAUGCUUGGGAUGAUACUGAAUUUGAAGCUUGUUACAGAGAAUUUGACUAUGAUGGUAAUGGCACUAUCAGUAAAUAGGAGCUAACUCAAUUCAUUAAAAGAUUUGCAGCACUAUGA